CGGCCAGCGCGAGCCACCCCAGUUCGCGGCUACCCCGGCAACUAGCUAACGUUAGCAUACUGGUUAGCUGCCCAAAAUACCUACCUGAAGUCCUUUGCUUUGUAUGGAAGCGGUCAGCAUCACUAACGGGGUUCAUGUUACGACUCGCCGGACAUUAUGAGGAACGUUAUUGUGCUGUCACUGCUGCUGCUGAAUAUACAUCAUGUCAUAUCAGCACCCAAAGGCGUCACUGCCAGUCUGGAAGCAAAGUGGAACAUGACGCCUUUCCUUCUGGAGGCAAGCGAGUUUAUCGGAGAAGAUGGGAAUGAAAAAUUCUGGCAGUUUGUUGACACUGUGAAAGAGCUCACUGUUUACAAGCAAGGAGAGUCUGUGCGCUCGUACUACAACUUGAUCAUCAAGAAGGCCGGCCAGUUCCUCACAUAUCUUCAAGUUAAUCUCCUCAAAUUUGCUCUGGCUCUACGGUCAUACUCGCCAGCUGUUCAUGCGUCUCAGCAGAUCGCCAGCGAUGAGCCUCCGCCUGAGGCUUGCUCUGCCUUUGUCUCCAUCCAUGGUCAACAUAGCUGCAGUACCAAGGACAUCAAGAAGCUCCUGAAGGCAGCUGCAGGCAGGCCAAAACCAUAUUUGUACAAGAAUGAUCACACAUAUCCAGGGGUCAACAAAACAGAUGUGCCAGUUGUGAUCCUGUACGCUGAGAUUGGAACCAAGAAGUUCGCCUCGUUUCAUAAGGUGCUGUCAGAGAAGGCUGGAGAGGGCACGCUUGUGUAUGUGCUGCGGCAUUUUGUGGCGAAUCCAAAACCUCAAAAGAUGCUUUUAUCUGGCUAUGGUGUUGAGUUGGCCAUCAAAAGCACCGAAUACAAAGCUGUGGAUGACACCAAAGUAAAAGAUUCAAAGACAGUCACAAAUGCUGAGGAUGAUGGUAAUGAUGAAGUCCAAGGCUUCGUUUUUGGAACAUUAAAGAAAUCUCACCCUGAACUCAAGGAGCAACUCGUUGAGCUUCGCAAACAUCUCCUGGAUAGUACCAAUGACAUGGUCCCUCUCAAAGUGUGGGAAAUGCAAGAUCUCAGCGUCCAGGCAGCUGCCAGAAUCAUGUCCGUGCCAAAGUUCGACGCUUUGAAGCUAAUGCGGGACCUCAGUCAGAACUUUCCGAGCAAAGCCAGAUCACUGACAAGAGUGGCUGUAAAGCAGGAAAUGAGAAAAGAAAUUGAGGAGAACCAAAAGCGUCUCAGCGAGACCAUUGGUGUUCACCCGGGAGACGGGGAGCUCUUCAUCAACGGACUGCACAUUGAUCUGGACAUUCACAACCCUUUCAGCAUUUUAGACAUCCUCAGAGGGGAGGCCAGGGUCUUGGAGGGGCUUCACAACCUGGGCAUAAAAGGGGACCAUCAGGGCAAGCUGCUGAGGCUGCCUGUGAACGCUGCGGAUGACAGCUACGCUUUAGAUAUAAGACAUCCAGCUAUAAUGUGGAUAAAUGACAUAGAGAAUGACCCAGCUUACCGCAGCUGGCCAGCAGGUAUACAGGAGCUCCUCAGGGCCACCUUUCCAGGAGUCAUCCGGCAGAUCCGACGCAAUUUCUUCAAUCUGGUGCUGUUCCUAGAUCCAGUACGGGAAGAAAGUGUGGAGCUGGUGAAGCUAGCAGAGCUGUUCUACAAGCACAAGAUCCCCCUGAGAAUUGGAUUUGUGUUUGUUGUCGACACCAAAGAUGAGAUUGAUGGCUUCUCAGACGCAGGGGUGGGAUUUUACAGACUGUUGAAUUACAUCGCAGACGAGUACGAUUUAUCCCAGGCUCUGAUGUCCACAGUCGCCUUGUACAACAAAGUAGACGUAGGGGAGACGCUGUCUGUUGACACAAUCACUACUUAUCUGAAGAGAAAAUUCCCUAAAGCCAGUGCUGAAAGGAUUCUCGGCGUGGAGUCCGAGUAUGAUGACAAAAGAAAGGACGGCGCCCUCUUCUACAAGCAGAGUGGCCUGGGUGCCCUGCCACUGGCUUUAUUUAACGGAGUCCCUCUGAGCCCUGAUGAGAUGGACCCAGACGAGCUGGAAACCAUCAUCCUGCAGCGCAUAAUGGACACAACCACCGCCUUCCAGAGAGCUGCCUUCAUGGGUCAGUUGACUGAGGGCUUAGAUGUGGUGGACUAUCUAAUGGAGCAGGCCAAUGUGGUGCCCAGGAUGAACCCUCUUAUUCUAAGCACUGACCGGAAGUACCUCGACUUCACUGCCAAACCAGUUGUAGACGACUGGGAGGACACGACUAUGUUUUCAUACCUUGACUCAAGAGACAAAACAGCUGUGAUGGCUAAGAAAAUGAAGUACUUCACAAAUAACGAUGAGGAUGGGAUGAGUGCUGUGACCAUGUGGGUAGCUGGAGAUUUUGAGAAGGUCUCAGGAAGGAAACUGUUGCUCAGUGCUCUGAAACACGUGAAGGCCAGCCCUGGAGUGCGCGUGGGGGUGAUAGAUAACCCCAGUGGAAAGCCCAGCGAAGAUAACACUGUGCUGUACAGGGCUAUCUGGGCCUCGCUCCUCACACAGAAGAAUAAGGCUGCGGCAGAGUUUGUGCAGAAACUCCUGAAAGAGCAGAGCAGCCAGCUCCUCCAGCAAGGGACCAAGAUGAAAGACUUACUAAUGCAGGGCAUGGACGAAGAUGCAUUUGAGAAAAAGUUCAACACGCUGGAAGUGGAUUUUAUUCGUAGUCAGCAGCUGUUUUGUCGAGAAGUUCUGAAACUGAGCCCUGGACAACGGGCAGUCAUCAGCAACGGCAGGAUCCUCGGUCCAUUUGAAGAGCAGGAAGAAUUCACUGUGGAGGAUUUCCACCUGCUGGAGAAGAUUACACUGAGCGGUUCUGCAGAGAAAGUCAAAGCCAAAGUUAAACAGAUGGGGAUGAAGCCAAAGCACGCCAGUGACUUAAUCAUGAAAGUUGAUGCCCUCCUAACUGCAGCCCCCAAAGGAGAGGUCAGGAGGGACGUCCAGUUUAUCAAAGACAGCCACAGCGUGCUCCAUCUCUCCCCGCGUGAAAACGAGGUGUUCUAUGAUGUUGUGGCCAUCGUUGACCCGCUCACUAGGGAGGCACAGAAGAUGUCCCCUCUACUGAUUGUGCUCAGUCAAGUGGUCAAUGUGAGACUGCAGGUGUUUAUGAAUUGCAGGGCCAAGUUGUCCGAGAUGCCUCUCAAGAGCUUUUACCGCUUUGUCUUGGAGCCUGAUGUGAAUUUCUUGGCCAACGACACAGUGUCUCCAGGACCAGUUGCUCGCUUCAUGGACCUCCCAGAAUCUCCCCUUCUCACCCUUAAUAUGAUCACACCAGAGAGCUGGAUGGUGCAGGCUGUCCGCAGCCCCUAUGAUUUGGAUAAUAUCCACCUGCAGGAGGUGAGCGGGGUUGUGACAGCAGAGUACGAGCUGGAGCACCUUUUGCUGGAGGGCCACUGCUUUGAUCUGUCAACUGGGCAGCCUCCCCGUGGACUGCAGUUUACCCUGGGCAUGAGUCGGGACCCACUCAUGUAUGACACUAUCGUCAUGGCUAACCUGGGUUAUUUCCAGCUGAAAGCCAAUCCUGGUGCCUGGAUCCUGAGAUUACGUAAAGGGAGAUCAGAGGAUAUCUAUCAGGUUCUCACGCAUGAUGGAACCGACUCACCUGCGGAUGCUGGUGAUGUCAUUGUUUUGUUGAACAGUUUCCACAGUAAGAUCAUCAAAGUCAGAGUCCAGAAAAAGGCAGAGAAGAUCAAUGAAGAUCUUUUAAGUGAGAAUAGUGAAAGCCAAGGCAUAUGGGACUCCAUAGCAAGUGUUUGGAGCACUUUUGAGAAAAGCAUCACAGGUGGUGGGGCCAAGAAGGAUGAUGGAGAGAAGAAGAAAGAGGAUGUUCUUAACAUAUUUUCCGUGGCCUCGGGCCAUUUGUACGAGCGCUUUCUGAGAAUAAUGAUGCUGUCCGUCCUUCGGCAUACAAACACACCCGUCAAGUUCUGGUUCCUCAAGAAUUACCUCUCGCCAUCUUUCAAGGAGACCAUCUCUCACAUGGCCGAGGCGUACGGCUUUCAGUACGAGCUGGUACAGUACAAAUGGCCCCGCUGGCUCCACCAGCAGACUGAGAAGCAGCGCAUUAUCUGGGGAUACAAGAUCCUCUUCCUGGAUGUUCUGUUCCCUUUGGCUGUCGACAAGAUCAUCUUUGUGGACGCCGAUCAGAUAGUUCGGGCUGAUCUGAAGGAGUUGAGGGAUCUAAACCUGGAGGGUGCUCCUUAUGGCUACACACCGUUCUGUGAUAGCCGCAGAGAGAUGGAGGGCUAUCGCUUCUGGAAAACCGGUUACUGGGCAUCACAUCUAGGACACAGGAAAUACCACAUCAGCGCUCUGUAUGUAGUGGAUUUAAAGAAGUUCAGGAAGAUUGCAGCAGGGGACAGAUUACGAGGCCAGUACCAAGCCCUGAGCCAAGACCCCAACAGUCUGUCCAACCUGGACCAGGACCUUCCUAACAACAUGAUCCACCAGGUGGCCAUCAAGUCUCUUCCACAGGAGUGGCUGUGGUGUGAGACGUGGUGUGAUGACACCUCCAAAGUCACAGCUAAGACGAUAGACCUAUGCAAUAACCCAAAGACCAAGGAGCCCAAGUUAACAGCCGCAGCAAGGAUCGUACCUGAGUGGGUUGAAUAUGACAACGAGAUAAAACAGCUGCUGAGACGUGUCCAGCAACAGGAAGACACAGCAACGCAAAAACAGACUCCAUCGUCCUCACAACAUAAAAAAGCCGACAACCGGCGUGAUGAACUUUAGUGCCUGCCAGCACCAUGCUGAAGAGAAAGGAGGCAGCACCUUUUGCAAGCCGGCCACCUGUGAAGCUUGAAGACUGACAAUUCCAUCUAAACUUAGCCACAGAGCGUUGCAUCCUCAGCCGGGGAGAAGGAUGGGAUAUUUUCAGAGAUGCCAUAUCUGCUUCGGCAGUCGAUACGUCUUACAAAAUUAACACCUGAUUUAAGUGUUAACUGCCAACUGUGAACCUGUGGUGUGUUCUCAGCACUUACAGCAACGUACGUGGUUACCGGAGAAUGAAGUGAGCAGAGAGGGAAUAAUGAGGUGAGGUCAGUCACAGCACUCUUAUUAGGGGCGUUUGAGAAAAUAGUUGGCAUAUAUUGCACUGAUGAUGUAUGCAAAGAAUCAAAUGGAGAAGGCACAUGUCUGAGAAUCUAAUCUUACAGUGUAAUGUUUGUUUUUAUAUAUAUAUAUAUAUAUGUGUGUUAUGGAAAAUUACAUUUCAAAAUGUUGACUGAAAUGCCCGCACCAAAGUUGUGACUAACAUAAAGCUAGUCUGUUUGUAAAUUUCAUAACUUGCCGCAAAGUUGUUACAUUAGAAGUUAGGGACUGUAUGAUAAUUAUUGGGUGUUAUUAUUUUUUUACCUUUUUUGGGAGAGCAGUGGAGGGUCGUUUUUAUUUUUUCUCACUCCAAGACUAUUUGAGUCAGCAGCCAUAAUCAGGCCAGCUGAUUUGGCUUGAUUCCGGGGUGUCAUUCAUGCCAAAUCUUAGCCGAGUCAAGCAACCAGAUGCAGCCCAGCUAAUUACAUCCGGCUUGCCGAGUUUGGGCUGAUGCUGGGCCAUGUCAUUUCUGAUAACAAUCCAGUGAUGGCAGUGUUGGCAGCUGCAAUCAGGCCAGCUGAUUUGGCCCAAUUCUGGGUCAUCAUUCAUGCCGAGUCUCAGCUGAGUCAGAUAACCAGAUGCGACCUGGCUGAUUUCAUCCGGCACGCCGAGUUUGGGCCGAUGCUGGGCUAUAUCAUUUCUGAUAAUGGCCCAGUGAUGGCAGCUGGAAACCGUCUAAAGCUAAUUUGGCCUGAUUCUGGCUCUCAUUCAUGCUGAGUCUCAGCCAAGUUGGGCAACCGGCCCCACCCGGCUAAGUUCAUCUGGCAUGCCGAGUUUGGUCCGAUUCUGGGCCAGGUCAUUUUGGCUACCUGGGAAGGUUUAUCAUAUUAAAAAUUGAUCUAGUAUGGAUCUAAUAUUAACAUCAAAACAAUUCUUUUCAUGCAUCAUCAACCCUGUCUCUGUAUCAAGGUUUCAUUUUCCUCAUCACCAUCAAUCAUGUGGCUAAUGUCCAUUUUGGAAAACACAAUACAUGCAGAUCAUACUAGUUUUUACCAACUAAAUGUCUCUCAUACAGAGCGUUUCAGUUAUUGACUAUCCUGUACAGUCGCUUUUUUAUUCUGAAUCAUAACAGAAAGCUGAACCAAAGUUAAAUGUGUCUGACAAAGUGAGAAUAUGAUGCAUGCUCCCUAUCACACAUUGAUCAGUGUGAUCAGCUCUGCACGUGUUUUUUCUUCAGUCUUCAAAAUGUUUUGAACUGUUAUUAAUUUGUGUUUUGAUAUCUGUCAGUGCUCUAUGUGGCUCAGCAGGACAAAUUACCUCAGAGUCUCCAAGCUGCUGCUCGAAAAGGACUCGUGUAGCCUAACUGAUUGAAAAUUGAAAGUGGUUGUAUUUUCACCUCUUUGUCAUGUUUGUUUUUGUAUUUUAUGGGGAGGGUAUUCCUUUUUCUUUUUUAAUGUCAAAGGGAGGG